CACAAUUCAAGAGGGAGGAAUGGUUUCGUAGGUGGUGGACUUGACGCUGCACGCACAAUGGUUGAACGUCGUAAGAGCUCUCUGGUGAGAUCCUGGGGGUUGAUUUCUCGCAACUUCAGGAAGCCGCAGAGUUUGCCCUCCUUCUCUUUGUGGAGCAGCAGAAACCUUUCUUCCCGCUGACCUUUCUUCUCCCCAGAGAAGCAGUGGCAAAUUUUGACUUGCAGGACCUCAUCUCGAAAGCUGCUAUGGCUCCAAGGAUUGCAUAUUCCCUUAGGUUCGAAGCUAGACUAAAGUUGAAAUUAAAAGUUUUUCUCAUGCUUGUGGCAUGACUGCAAUCCUGCGCUUAGUUACUAGGGAGAAAACAGGCCAAGCUUUCUGUUAGAAAUGCUAAAAAAACCUCAAAACCCUGUUGCAAGGAGGUGUCACCACUUACACUGCUAGCAUGAAGCAGGAACCCCAUCAAAUAAAAGGAAAGCAGUAUCCGGCUUCUACUGGAUUGCUUGCUUAUUCUGUGACUUUGAGUACUUUCAGACUGCAGUAAAUUUGCAGGUGGGAUUCAAUGGCAUGCCAGCACAUUUGGGUUCCACAGUUAAGGUGAAUUUGCAGGUCUUGUGCAACCAAUUCACUUCCCUAAAAAUAAAAUAAAACCCAGAUCUUUUUGCAAUAAGGAAAGUGGCAGGGAAAAUGCUCAAUAAAGAGGUGAUCUGGAAGUGACCUUUCUCUGUGCUAAUCUGUCACAAGCCAUAGCAAAACUUGAAGGCCUCAUUAGCACCUUAUUCAUUUGCUAGAUAAAGGAGGGCCUGGCAGUUGGCCUGGAGAUCCUGUGGAUGAUGCCUUCACUUUUGCUCUGGAAACAAGUCCUGGAACUGCAGUUCCAACACAUUUCCCUUCCAUUACACCAGUUCUCGGCUCCCAUCCCAGCACAAUACACAUUUGAUAUAGCUGAAAUCCUUGUAUCUCACUCACCUUCCAGUCCUUCCAUCUUUCUGAUGCUCCCCAUGAGGCUAAAUGAUUUUUGUGGGGCUGGAGCAAUUUGGAGAGAGGGAUGUGAAGAUGAAGCAUAUCCUCCAAUGGAUGGAAAUAGGGGCACAUCCUUGUAACAUCCCAGUUCUCAUCUUACCAAGGAUCAUUUCCUCAAUCCCCAGCAUAUUAGGUAAAGGUAAAGGGACCCCUGACCAUUAGGUCCAGUCAUGGCCGACUCUGGGGUUGCGGCGCUCAUCUCGCUUUAUUGGCCGAGGGAGCCAGCGUAGAGCUUCCGGGUCAUGUGGCCAGCAUGACUAAGCCUCUUCUGGCGAACCAGAGCAGCGCAUGGAAACGCCGUUUACCUUCCCGCUGGAGCGGUACCUAUUUAUCUACUUGCACUUUGACGUGCUUUCGAACUGCUAGGUUGGCAGGAGCAGGGACUGAGCAAUGGGAGCUCACCCCGUCAUGGGGAUUCAAACCACCGACCUUCUGAUCGGCAAGUCCUAGGCUCUGUGGUUUAACCCACAGCGCCACCUGUGUCCCUCCCCAGCAUAUUACACAUCACAAAAAACCAGGUCCUGUCUGUUGUAUGCUGCAUAUAUUGACCCUAUACGUGCCUGUUCUCCACUGACAUAAAAAACCAACCACCUCUGUGCUUUGCAUUAGAGAUAGGUCAGAAAAACAAAGUCUUAGUAGAUUGAUUAGAAGGUUGUUGUUCUCCUAGUAGGGAUGGGGACCCCCAGGCCCAGAAUGUGGCCCUCAGGACGUCUCUGUCUGGCCCUUGGGACUCUUCUCUGCCUCCCUGCUGCCCCCCCUCACUGGUCCUGCUUUGCAGUCUCCUUGAGUGUUUUCGCCUGGAUGGAUUGCAACCUUGAACUCUGGCAGUGCCUCUUGCUUGCCGGGAUGGAGGGUAGAGGGUGUGUGUGUGUGUGUGUGUGUGUGUGUGUGUGUAAAACUCACAUUCCUUCCCCUGCCUGGAAGGAGGACGUGUGUCAGUGUGUGUAAAACUAGGCCACUGUUCAAAGGUAGAAAUGGCAUUUAUUGCUCCCACACACUUUUGCCUCUGGCCCUGCCCUCUACUGGCAUUCACCCCCCAUCAGGAAUGUGACCCUCGAUAUGAAAAAAUGUUCUCCCCUUAUGAUAUGCAUGUUCAAUAUGUUUAGCCUGCUCCCACAAGAGUCUUUGUGUUUUCCUGUCUCCCAGGUGGUUGACGUAGGCGGUCAGGGACUUAUUACUGAAGCAGAAGUCCCCGAGAUCAACUGCAGAUAUGUCACUCGUAGUCAGGUAUUCUCCUCCCCCCCCUCCCCCGCCUCUCCUCUCCAAGGCUCAAUCUCUUUGCUUGUUGUUUGACUUUAUUCCAGAGCUCCCUGAACUUUCUCCCCCCCCCCCCAGGUUUUGUUUCUUUAAGUUUUUAUUGUUAAAAUAAUUCAGCAUUAAUACACACAUAUUGCGAAUAUACAAGCAUACAUUUCAUACAGUCCUUUAAAAUGUUCAAACAUACCUACAGUCAAUCCCACAGAUAAUUCCUUUUCCCAUCACCAUCCACCACCCCUCACCCCACCUUUGUGUUAGACUUCCAAUCUACUCAAUUGCAAUUUCUUUCCACUUCUAUUGCUUUCUUUCACACAGCUUUAACCUAAUUUCAUGCUUCUUUUUCUAUUACACAUUGUUAUCCAUCUUAUUUAGUAUUUCAGUAUUUAAAACAGAACUUGUUUAUUCUAAUAGGAGUUCUGAUUUUUCGAUAUGGUUUUGCAAGUAUCCUUUAAACACCUUCCAGUCCCUGUCUAUCUUCUCUUUUGAGAUCCUUCCAAUUUCUCCCAUUGUUUUGGAUAUAUUGUAGUACUGCAGUUAUUUGGCAAGCCACUCUAUUUCUGUCGGUAUAAUACCACUUUUCCAAUUUUUCUCAAUCGAUAGCCUUGUUGCUACUGUUGCGUAUAAAUAUAAUGUCUUGUCUUCUUCCUUUAGACUUCCUGGUACUAUUCCCAAUAGAAAACCUUCUGGUGUUUUCCUAAAUGAAUAUCUGAACAUUUUUUUUCAUUUCGUUAUAUAUUGUUUCCCAAAAUUGUUUGAUGUUUAAACAGUUCCACCAUAUAUGUAUCAUAGUACCUUUUCCAGUGUUGCAUCCCUGAAUUCUCAUAAGAGCCCUGGUCCAUCUGGUCCAGAAUCCUGUUUUCCACAAUGGCCAAGCUGUUGGCUAUUUUUUUCUGAGUCCUGCAGAGUGAUUCAGCAGUUUUACCCUCAAAGCCCUAGGGAUGAAGUAGACACCACACACAAGACUUUGAAGACGACUCUUUACUUGCAGGAUGGCAUCUAUUUACAAGCAGUGUCAUACAUAUAUACUAAGUCCGAUGCAAUGCCUUUUGCUCUCUUGAGCCCAAGAGAGUGUCUUCUUGCUACUUACUGUAAACGCCUGUGAAGCAGUCCAAGCUAUAAAUUAUAGCUCUUCUGUCCUCACCAACUCCUCCAGACACAACGACUUCACACUCAGAAAAACACUGGCAAAACAGGGGAACAACCAGCCUUCCUCCAAUUCCCACCCCUACCUAAGACACACACAUGCUCACUUUUAAAGGGAGUUAACAAACUGACAAGGCAAUGAUUCAGUGUUUCUGUGACCUUAGUUGGAGUCACAAGAUUUUGCAGCUCUUGCAUUGCAUUGCAUUGGUUUUCUUUCUCCCGGUACAAUUUAUUCUUUGUAAAAUACAUUUUCGAAUGAAUACAGUACAAAUACUAACAGUGGCCAAGCCAGAGUCGGCUCAAGAUGUUUUGCUGCUUGAGGUGAAAUAAAAGGUGGUUCCCUUCCCCAAGGCACAGACAGAAGCCAACUGGGUUGGUAAAAGGUAAAGGGACCCCUGACAAUUAAGUCCAGUUGCGAACAACUCUUGGGUUGCCGCGCUCAUCUCGCUUUACAGGCCAAGGGAGCCGGCGUUUGUCCGCUUCUGCAGACAGUUUUUCCGGGUCAUGUGUCCAGCAUGACUAAGUCGCUUCUGGCGAAACCAGAGCAGCACACAGAAACACCAUUUGCCUUCCCGCCGCAGUGGUACCUAUUUAUCUACUUGCACUGUGUGCUUUUGAACUGCUAGGUUGGCAGGAGCUGGGACCGAACAACAGGAGCUCACCCCGUCACGGGGAUUUGAACCGCCAAGCUUUCGAUCGGCAAGCCCAAGAGGCUCAGUGGUUUAACCCACAGCGCCACCCACAUCCCUCAACUGGGUUGGUAGCUGACUAUUACUCCAAUAGUCGGGAAGGGCAAUGCCUUCUACUGCAGUUGAGGGCAGCAGUCUAGCCUAGGGAGUACAUAGCACUACAGCUCUGGACACUGCACAGACAUCAGAAUCUGCCACCUGAGGCUGCUGCCUCACUCUGCCUCAUUGCAGGGCUGGCCGUGGGCCAAGCAGAUGUCCAUGGGAAGCUUACAAGCAGGACAUGAGCUGGUGUUCCCCAGCAUUCAUAGACAUGCUGACUCAGAUACUGGAAGUAUUGCACAGCCAUUGUGGGAUUUUAAUGGGCUUCGUAAAACCAGAAACUCAGCGCAGGAGCCCCCUGAUCAUCUUCAAAUGCAGUGUCGGUUGAGUCAUGCAUGUUUCCUCCAGUGUAAAAAAAAGAAAAUAAAGGAUAUAAACAAACAUUUUCAAGGACCACUUGGUUUGAUCUCUGGGUUUGCUUUACAGUAAAAUCUCCUUUAUUACUAGACCAGCUGGAAUCAUUUAACUCUUUUGCUAAUACCAAGGUGGUUCUGUUGCCUUCCCUUGCCGUGUUAAGAGCUAAACUCUUGUCAACAUGCCUAUUAUUCUGCGAGACAUAUUAUGCAGCAGAUUACAUUGAUGAUAGGAGCAAAUAUUAGACUUUUCCCAAUGUUGAUAAUAUUUAAUUGGAUUGAGGACGAUGUGUCUGCAGAACAUACUUUGUAAAUUAUUGUAACACAAAUCUGAGAAAUAUUAGGCUUGAAAUAUGUUCAUUUAUGUACAUAAAAUUUGUGGAACUCUCUAAAUAAAUAAAUAAAUAAAUAAAUAAAUAAAUUAAAGAAGAGAUCUUCUUUAUGCAGCUCUUAAGUGCAUUGCACUAUUUUGUUUUAUUUUAUUUUUUUUAAAAAGGUUUGCUCAGCUUCUAGCUGUUGUUGGGCCCAAUACGUCAAGUUAAAAACAAAACAAGCUAAAAACAAACAAACCUUGGACUGAGAGGGUGAGGCAAAUAAAACUGUUUUCAAAAAUGCUUUAGAACCACUCUUGAACACACCAACUUUUGAGCAAAAUCUAAGCAGACCACCUUUCUCAUUUGUUUAUUUAUUUAUUACACUUAUAAACCUCCUUUUCCUCCAAGGAGCUCAAAGUAGCACCCAUGGUUCUCCUUUCCCAUUUUAUCCUCACACAAACCCUGUGAAGUAAGUUAGGCUGUGAGGCAGUGGCUGGCCCAAGGUCAACCCAGUGAGCGUCGUGGCAGAGUAGGGAUUUGAACCCUGGGCUUCCAGGUCAGAGCCCAGCACUCUAACCUUUACACCACACUGGCUAGCGACAAAGGCAAAGAAGAUCCAUGUAGGUAACUAAACAAGAUUCACUGACGCUCCAAGGUUUCUGUUUUGUUUGUAAAUGUAGCCAUUAGGACAAAUCUUGAUUCAGGGAGAAGUUCUACUUGGUGCGAGCUCAGUUGUCAUAAUCGGCUCUUGAAGAGUCUCCUAAGGUCUUGCCUUCCCAGGAACCGCUGCAGCCUCCACCUGUGCUGUAGUAUCGCCCACCUUCUGUCUCCACCAUCUCAGGAAUAGCCACAGCUCCACCUGCUGCCUCCAAAAUAGCCACCUUUGUAUCCACAGGAAGGUCUCCCUGCAUGAUCACCUCUGAUCUGAGGCCCAUCACCAGACUCUCCAUCAGUAGUGUAGUGAUAAAUUCAGAAGGGAUCAUGCUACAGAGAAAGACAGAAUCAGGCAGAGACGGGAAGGUGCAGUUCCUACAUUUUGAGUUCCUAUGCCCAGCCUGACUGACACCCCCACAAUUCUGCUCCUCCCCACAACAGGAUGACUGGGACGUGGAAGAGUUUAUCUCGAAAACAUGCAUGGGGACAUUCCUCCGUCAUCCAGCCUUCAGGCUGCUACUGGCCAGCUUCAUCAUCCUCAACGCCAUCACUAUUGCUGUGCGAACAGAGCCAACGUUAGAAGAGGUGAGUUUUGACACACCUAUCCAGUGCAGGGCCAAAGGACCACCAAGUGUUAAAUGGGCACAGCACACCAUUGACUCAGCCUUAUUCCCCCUUUGUUAUCCCUUUGACUCUCUAUUUCAGUGGUAGGGAACCUGUUGCCCUCCAGAUACUGCUGGACUACAACUCCCAUCAUCCCUCACCAUGGGCUAAGCUGGUUGCGACCGAUGGGAGCGGGAAUCAAAUAAUGUCUGCAAGGCCACAGGUUCCUGAACCCUCCUCUGUUGACCGGGUACCAGUGGACUGUAUGAGUUGCAUCCAACUAUGGCUUCCUUAGAGUAGACCCAUUGCAAUUAACAGAGCCCCCUAUUGGCACUCUACAUUUAAUGCAGUCUCAUGCCACUUUAAACAUGUAUAAAGAUAAAGGUAAAGGGACCCCUGACUAUUAGGUCCAGUCAUGGCCGAUUCUGGGGUUGCGACGCUCAUCUCGCUUUAUUGGCCAAGGGAGCCAGCAUACAGCUUCCAGGUCAUGUGGCCAGCAUGACUAAGCCGCUUCUGGCGAACCAGAGCAGCGCACAGAAAUGCCAUUUACCUUCCCACUGGAGCGGUACCUAUUUAUCUACUUGCACUUUGAUGUGCUUUCGAACUGCUAGGUUGGCAGGAGCAGGGACCGAGCAAUGGGAGCUCACCCCGUUGUGGGGAUUCAAACUGGCAAGUCCUAGGCUCUGUGGUUUAACCCACAGCACCACCCGCAUCCCUUUAAACAUGUAUGGCUUCCCCCGUAUGGCUUCCCCCAAAGCAUCCUGGGGAAAGUAGAUUGUCAUGGGGGCUUCUGAGAAUUGUCAGGAGAUGCCUAUUCACCUCCCAGAGCUACAAUUCCCAGAGUUCUUUAACAGUCACACCCUCUUCCCAGGGAACUGAGAUUUUAAGGGCCAGAUAGAGAGGUCUGGAGAGCCACAAAUCCUGGGCCUGAGGUUCACCACCCCUGAGCUACACCUUCUGUUUCAACGUUGUAUCUGAGGCUUUAGGGCACAGGUGGGGAACCCUGCUCAAUUUGGAGGCCAUGUUCCCAUUUUGGGCAACCUUCCAGGGAGCACACAGCAGUGGUAGGUGGGGCCAGAGUCAAAAGUGGGUGGAGCAACAAAUGCAAAUCUUCUAGACAAGGUCACACCCCCUCCAUCUAGUUCAGGGGUCAGCAACCUUUUUCAGCCGUGGGCCGGUCCACUGUCCCUCAGACCAUGUGGUGGGCCUGACUAUAUUUUUUGGGGGGGGGGAUGAACGAAUUCCUAUGCCCCACAAAUAACCCAGAGAUGCAUUUUUAAUAAAAGGAUACAUUUUACUCAUGUAAAAACACGCUGAUUCCCAGACCGUCUGUGGGCCGGAUUGAGAAGGCAAUUGGGCCGGAUCCAGCCCCCAGGCCUUAGUUUGCCUACCCCUGAUCUAGACAGGCAAGAAAGCUCAGGGUUCAAGGACACAUUCCAGCCAGGCGAAAACACCCAAGGAGGAUGUGAUGGAGGGCUGGCAAGGGGUGUCAUCUGGAGAGAGGGGUUGUGGCUGAGUUGUGGCCUGGGCUGAGUCCAGAGGGCCAGACUGUGAAGCUCGGAGGGCCGCACCAUACCGUACAGGGUCCUGCACCAUACACCUCACAGUGAGAAUGAGAAACAUGACAUGGAAAAUGCAUAUCUGCUGCUGCCUUUGUGUUGGAAGAAAGACCUGCUUCCUGCUGCAAGGCCCAUUUUCACCUGGCCUAGGGGCCCAGACUCACUCUGAAUAGCUAAAAGAGGCUCAUGGGAGGCCACUGGGACAUUGCUGGAACAAACCUUGGGUUGGGGCAAGUGGCUAAAAUGUUUUCAAAUGUUUUAAACGGUUAGAAUUUUGGUUCCUCUGUUCCAUUUUUGUCAGGUUGGUGUUGGUUAAAUGUUUAGUUGGGAUUGGUGGUUACUUUAUUUUGAAUAUACAAUGGAACUUCGGAAGCCAAACGCCUUUGAACUUGAAUGUUUCGGCUCCCAAAUGAUCAAAACCCAGAAGUGAUUGUCCCGGUUUUCGAACAAUUUUCGGAAGCCGAACGUCCAGUGCAGCUUCUGAUUGGCUGCAGGACGCUCCUGCAGCCAAUCAGAAGCCACACCUUGGUUUUCGAACUGUUCUGGAAGUCGAACGGACUCCUGGAACGGAUUCAAUUCAAAAACCAAGGUACAACUGUAACUGUAAGCUGGUUGUUGUUGUUGGUGGUGGUGGGUUUUAUUGAUUUGUUUGUUGCUUGUAUAGGAUAUCUUGUUUUUUAAUAUUUGAUGUUUUGUUGUGUUUUAUAUGUUGCAAGCCACCCAGAGCCAGAUGGGCACGAUAUAAAUUAUUUAUUUAUUUAUUUAUUUAUUUAUUUAUUUAUUUAUUAUUAUUAUUAAUCUAGGGAGACUGCCAACUUUGUUCUUUCCUUCCUCUACUGUAGAAAUAUUUUGGGUUCUUCUCAGCCAUAGAUAUGAUUGUCAUGUCUCUCCUUUUCUGCGAAGUAAUCCUCAACUGGUACUAUGGCUUCUCCUUAUACUGGAAGGUGAGAACAGGGCACCUGCCUCAGUGCAUAGAUCAGUUUUGUCUGCGAGUGCUUAGUUACUCUCAAGAGAAAAUAGGGUGUGGUGGCUGCUUGAAAAGGCAAAUUCCAUGCUAGGGAUCCUUAGGAAAGGAAAACAAAACGGCUGACACCUUAAUGCCGUUGUACAGAUCUAUGGUGCAACCAUGUUUGGGGUACUGGUCUGGUCGCCUCACCUGAAAAAGGAUAUUGUGAGUUUGGGAAAAAGUUUCAGGAAAGGGCAACGAAAAUGAUCAAGGGGGCUCCCCUACAAAGAAUGGUCUCAAUGUUUAGAACUUUUCAGUUUAGAAAAAGGGCACGUAAGAGGUGAUAUGAACCCUGGUCUCCCAGGUCCUAGUCCAGCACUCUAACCACUAGACCACACUAUGGCUUUACACUAUGCUAAGGCGUGCAGAAAAAUGCAUACUGUAUAUUAGAGGGAAAAUGCAUUUAAAAUGCAUUAUAAUAGGGGAAAUUGCAAAACUACAUAUAAGAUGUGUGUAUUAAGAGAAAUUUGUACUAAAAUGCUGGCGAAUUUCACACUGACUUAAAAAAUAAUAAUCACAAACUGAUGCGAAAUGUGGAGAGCUGAAAUUAAGAUGGGGAAAAUGACAACUUGAGAUAAACUGACAUAUUAUCCCACCCCUAUGCCCAACAUCAUCCUGAGGUUCCUCAAGAAAGACAGGUAUCACAGGAGUGUGCCGGUCAGUAAUAAAACAGUUCAAAGAUAGAGUAAAUUCUUUAUUAACAGAUUUGAUUGAGUGUCAGGCCUAAUGAGCAGAGCAGCUCAUUCCCGAUGGCCUUCCUCCAUGAAAAUCAGUUGCCAAGACUUUUUCCAAGCAAUCAGAGACAGCAGCUUCAUGCAGCCAAUAUCGCCUCCACCCUUUCCAUGCCCCUUCCGGUUCUGGGAGACAUGGGGGGGGUCGCCUUAUAGUAGGAGAGGGAGACACCCCUGACUCUUUGCCAGCCUGACUCAUCUCUGCCUAUUGGCCUCCCACAUCCUACUCUCCUGCUUCAGCUUCUGCCUCUGUUUCUUGACUGCUCUCUGCCACAGACUCUCCCAGCUCACUAAGCCCUGUCACUUCUCCAGCUUCCAACACCUCUUCUUCCCAAUCUUCUCCCUCUUCUCCUUCUGACCACUCAUUGUUGUCCCGCCGCCACUCGCCGGGCUCUGAAACUUCUUCCCUAAGGGGUUCCCCAGCUGGUUCCCUCCACCAUUCCUCUGCAUCCAACCAGUCCAUGACAGAUGGGAUAUAAAUGUGGGAAUUAAAAUAAAUACAUUCCUUUGAGAUAUUCCAUAUGACAAUUCAUUGUUCCCUGUUUCUUGACUCAGGAUGGCUGGAACAUAAUAAAUUUUUUCAUUAUGCUGCUUCUGUUCCUUGGCCUGAUCUUUACCGCACUGAAUGACAGAACAAUUGUCCACAUGCUCAGGUAGGAAUGGAGGGCUGCCUUUGUUCCCAAAAUUCUUAGGAGGUGUUGUUGUUGCUGCUGCUGCUGCUGCUGUUGUUGUUAUACUCCUAAAGGAGCCCAGAGCACCAAAAAAGGGGGAGAGCAGCAAAACAAUAUUAUUAGAAAUAAAAAUAAACAUCUAAACGUGUUUAAAAUCGAUGAUACAUCCUUGUAGCUUGAGAUGUAAGAAGGAACCGUCAUUUUCUGUUCUGCCCUGUUGUCAUUGCAAACAGCUCCGUUUCCUUUCUGCUGCAGUUCAUAUUGUGCUAAAAAUGACGUUAUGCAUCUUGCUGCCCACUGUGCUGAGCUUCUGUAACUUACAUUGUCAUUAUAUUACAGUGGUACCUCAGGUUACAUACGCUUCAGUGUCGGAGCCAGCCGUUACAAAUGGCGCAGUUUAGCAUAAAAUAAAGACAUAGAGAGCCAGCAAUAUUUUCAGGAUGGUAUGAGCAGCUCCUUUCGAACUUCUCUCUCCUCCCGUAGCUUUUUUAUUAUCCUUUGUCUCUCUCCAGCCGCAUGGCCGUUUGCCAAUGUCUCCCGUUACCUCAUCCGGUCAAGGCUCUUAUUACACCCAUCACCAUAUAGGGUCAUCACUGCCCAGAGGAAACACAACUCCAUUUAAGGUCAAUACAUUCCAAUACAUUGUAAAGCUCAGAGUGCUGGUCAGCCAAGGUCAGCGAGGCACCAGGUGGCGCUACAAGCCUUUUUCCAUGACUUCCUGGCUCCCACACUUCAGGUUACAUACGCUUCAGGUUACAGACUCCGCUAACCCAGAAAUAAUGCUUCAGGUUAAGAACUUUGCUUCAGGAUGAGAACAGAAAUCGUGCUCCGGCGGCGUGGCAGCAGCGGGAAGCCCCAUUAGCUAAAGUGGUGCUUCAGGUUAAGAACAGUUUCAGGUUAAGAACGGACCUCCGGAACAAAUUAAGUACUUAACCCGAGGUACCACUGUAUUCUGCCUCAGACAUUUUCAGUGCCAGAUAAAUGCAGCAGAAAUGGCAGGGAGGGUAACGUAAUCCAUGAUGCAUUGCUUUGCGGAUUGAAAGCCACAGCAGCAAAUGCCAAAAUUUGGUGAAAUGCAUUCACCAAAUUGAGUUCUGUUCUGGACAAUGGGAUGAAUAAGCGAACACCAGCAGUUUCUGCUCCUGUUUCCGUUUUGGGCAGAGUUCUUCCACAUGCCUACUCAUGUCCCAUGAUUUCAAGGUUACAGGGAAUAGUUUUUUGCUCGGCCAUCAAGCACCUGGGUGAACAGGGGAGCUUUUCAAUUUCUACUGAAUGUUAAUCAUGAGGGAGACAGAUGCGCCUUACCAGGCAGGGCAUUCCACAAACGGGCAACUGCCACUGAGAAAAUGUGGGCUGCAUGCUCUAUUCAUCCUCUCUCAUGAGGUCUGCACUCUGCACAUGGUAGAGAGAGGUUGGUCAGAUGAUUUGGCCUAACACUUAAUUUAGCUCUUCAUCUAGGGGUUGCCCAUAGUGAGAAGGGGAUGUUGGACUCAAUGGGUCAUUGGCCUGAUCCAGCAGGCUCUGCUUCUGUUCUUACAUCACUUCUGAGCAAGUGAGUAGUGAGAUGUACGUUUCCGAGCACAAUUCAAAGUGCUGGGGCUGACAUUUAAAGCCCUGAACGGUCUUGGCCCAGUAUACCUGAAGGAGUGUCUCCACCCCCGUCGUUCAGCCUGGACAUCCAUCUCUGAGGGCCUUCUGGCACUUCUCUCACUGCGAGAAGUGAGGUUACAGGAAACCAGGCAGAGGGCCUUCUCAGUAGUGGCACCCGCCCUAUGGAACGCCCUCCCAUCAGAUGUCACAGAAAUAAACAACUAUCUGACAUCUAAAGGUAGCCCUGUUUAGGGAAGUUUUUAAUAUUUGAUGUUUUAUUGUGUUUUUACUAUUCUGUUGGGAGCCGCCCAGAGUGGCUGAGGAAACCCAGCUGGAUGGGUGGGGUAUAAAUAAUAAAUUCUUCUUCUUCUUCUUCUUCUUCUUCUUCUUCUUCUUCUUCUUCUUCUUCUUCUUCUUCUUCUUCUUCUGUCCUGCAUGCAAUCUGUGUGCUCUGCCCCUGAGCUUUAAAUGCACACACAUUAUUAUUAUUCCUCUGCUUUCCAGAGUCAUGAGACUGAUGCAUGUUUGCACCAUGGUGACUGGUCUGGCACGGAUGAUCCAGGUGAUCCUGCAGUCCAUUCCUGACAUGGCUAACAUCAUGAUCCUGCUUUUUGCCAUCAUGCUGGUGAGAUGCUGUCAAAUUCCUCUUAAGUCAGGGUGCGGUGCAUGGGAAUGAACUGAGAUCCCUUCUGUCUCCUACAUCUUCCUGCACCCACUCAGUGCUCCUUCAUUUUGUUCUUUCACCGCUGUCUUUUCUUUUUCAUUUUGGCAAUCCAGGCAUAUGUAUGAUGUAGGAAUGAGGGAUAAAACCAGUUCUGUUGCUUUGAAGUUGACCCGAACCAAUUCACACUUUGCAAAACAAUACACAAACUGAAACAAAGGCAACUUCGAAAGUUGAGUUUUUCUGAGUUUUUCAGUGCGGCUCACCAGCAGAGGAAUGUGUACAAAAAUGCCAGUGCUAGGGUAAAGUGUGCCUAAAAACCGUUGCUUUGUCCUUUUGCAGGUCUUCUCUGUGUUUGGUGUUACCCUCUUUGGAAGCACGGUCCCAACGCAUUUUGGGAAUAUGGGGACUGCUUUGUACUCCCUGUUCAUCUGCAUAACGCAGGAUGGGUGGAUUAACAUAUAUGACGACUUUGAGUGAGUAGCUUGCAAACCAUGCUCAGCCACAAUGAACAAGGGUCACUGGUCUUCUCGGUAGUGGCACCCACCCUGUGGAACACCCUCUCAUCAGAUGUCAAGGAAAUAAGCAGCUAUCUUAUUUUUAAAAGGCAUCUGCAGGUAGCCCUGUUUAGGGAAGUUUUUAAUAUUUAGUGCUGUAUUGUUUUUAACACUCGAUUGGGAGCCGCCCAGAGUGGCUGGGGAAAUUCAGCCAGAAGGGAGGGGUAUUAUUAUUAUUAUUAUUAUUAUUAUUAUUAUUAUUAUUCCAAACAAGAGGAAGUAGUGAAACCAGAUGCCUGCAACUUCUCCAGCUGCAGUGAAACAUGCAUCUCCCAUUUUGGUCUCUACAGCCACAGCAGGUGCUGUGAAUCUCCAACAGUUUAACUCUACUUCUGAUGGUGCACACUUCUGCUGUCUCUUGAGACAGGCGGAUGCCAACAACUGGUUCUUCAUUCCAAACGAGAGGAAGGGCAUCAUGCCAAUAAAUGGUGUUCUGAGUUGCAGCCAUGUUAGGCUCAGCAUAGUCUAUGCUGACUGGUAGCAGUUCUUCAGGGAUUCAGGCAGGGAGCAUUUACAGCUUUACCUGGUAAUGUCAGGAAUUGAACCCAAGACCUUCUGUGUACAGAGCAGGUGCUCUUCUACCAAGCCCUUCCUCAAGCUUACUGUCCCCUAUGGUCCAGUAAAAUCAGAAGAAAUCCUGGAAGAAGCCAGCAGGUGGGACCCAGACUAGGUUAGUCCAACCAGGACUGGCCCUAUCAUUAGAUAGAGUGGGGCAGUGGCCUCACAUGGCAAAUAAUGGUGAUCAUGGAUUGUGAGAUUUCUGCCAAAGAAGCCAGGUUUUUGCCCCCAUCAUAGGAGUCAAUUCCUAGGGGCCGUGGGGUCUUAUGAUAAAAUAUUAUAAUACAUUAUAUUAUAAUAUUAUAUAAUAUAUAAAUAUAUAAAUACAUUCGUACCUUCGUUCUCAAAUGGAAUCUGUUCCGGAAGUCCGUUCGACUUCCAAAAAUGUUCAACAACCAAGGCGCAGCUUCCAAUUGGCUGCAGGAGCUUCCUGCACUCAAUCGGAAGCCGUGGAAGCCCUGUUGGACUUCCAACAGGUUCCAAAUAACUUUUGCAAACCGGAACACUCACUUCCAGGUUUGCAGCGUUCAGGAGCCAAAACGUUUGAGUUGCAAGGCGUUCGGGAUCCAAGGUACAACUGUAUAUUAUAUUUGAGGUGGUCCCCUCACAUAUUUUAUUGUAUUCUAAUAUAAUAUAUUAUAAUACAAUGAAAUAUAUGAGGGGGCCACCUUCCCCCAAGUUGAUGAGCGUUGCUGUUCAAAUGGUAUGUGUGCACUGUGUCAUGUGAUCAGUUAUGUGGGGCAGGGCUUACCUGCCUCCCCCCAUAUUUUGUUCAAGCUGGUACCCCUGACCCCCAUUGACGGUGGCUAGUUGCAAAAGAGGGACAGGUCUUCUGCGCAUUUAAUAAUAAGCUAUAUCUGCUGAAAUUCUCUCUUCUCAGCAGCUUAAAGGGGCAGGAGACCUGUCUUCUUUUCUUCACCGGGCCAUUCUAAAUGCAUCCCAGAUGACAUUUAGGCUGGCAGUGAAAACAUUCUCCUCCUGGGUGGCUUUGAUGUUCAUAAAGAGAUGACUGAAGGCCUUAACUCUGCUUCUUUUGAUUUUAAAGUUUUUAAAACUUUUAAAGUAUUUGCUUUUGUUACUUGACUGCCAAACAUUUGACUUGAUUUAGUUCUUUUAUGUACAUUGCUGCAUUUUUUGGAGGGAGUUUCCUUUUCUAGUGUUAGAAAAAGAAGUAUAAAAUUGAUUUGAUGAAUAGCAGAGGGCUGGUCCCAGGCUCAUCCACACUGACCUUUUGCCCCAUGCUUUCUAGGCACAAGUCUGUGCUUUCCUGGUCCACGCCGAAGUGCUCUUCUCUCCUUUUGUCCCACUGCUUUCCCCAGGAAAAGCUGCUCUUUAAUGCUGAAUUAGAACAAACAGCAGUUGGGGUUCCCCAUGGAUUGCUGAGAAUGUUGAAGAGCUGGUCUUCACUGGGAAGUAGGGGAGGUGGGUGAAGCUCUUGGAUGCAGAUUGGAAAAGUACAGACCUGCGCCUAGGAAUCGCAGAGGAAAAUUAGUCUGGAUGAGCCUUCAGACUGACAUCAGAGCCCUAGAUCAGGAAUGAGGAGCCUGGUGCCCCCCAGACACUACUGGACUCCAAAUCUCAUCAGCCCCAGCCAGCAUGGCCAGUAGUCAUGGGAUGAUAGUCUAACAAUAUCUGGAGGGCCUGCAAGGUCCCCAUCCCUGGCCUAGAGAGAAAAGGAUAUGGGAGCCAUGGCCCCAUCCUCAGAGUAGUGGCAAAGGUUUCCCGCCCACCCGCUUUGGUGAUGAAUGUUAUGUACUGAAGUUCUCACCCUGGGCCAGCAGGGGAAUACUGUAGAUAGUUUUCACUCAGGUCCACAUAUGCAAAUAAGGGAUUGAAAGUGACGUUCAGUGAUUGGAUGGUUACAGAAAAUGGUUACUGUUGCGUUCUAGUGGAGCUCUAUAUAAGCAGGCUGGCUGAACCCUUCAGUUCAGUUCUGUUCUGGCCUGUGAAUAAACAAGAGCUGUUUGAAGAAUCGCUGUGUCGUCUGAUAUGGUCACCCACAACUUAACAAUGGCAUUCCUUCUUUCCUUUACAGAAAGGAAGGUCUUGCUUUGGAGAUAGGCGGGGCUCUCUAUUUUUUCAUCUUCAUCACAUUUGGGGCCUUCAUCUUUGCAAAUCUGCUUGUGGCUGUGGUGACGACAAACCUAGAACGGUCUGUAAGUGAAUACAAAGAGAAGAAGCAGUUGGAAGCUCAUAUCCCUGUCAAUAUGACCGACGCUGGAAUGGAUGUGAGUAUUAAUUCAAGGGCUGGAGAGGGAAGCCAGGUGGGAAACUGGCACAGAAAGAUGCCAUUUAGGAGCCUAAAAAAGUAAAAAGGCCUCAUUCACCAGCAUUUUACUAAUACAGUAUACCCAUUUUGGCAUGGAUUUUUGUUUAAUAUUGAUUUUUUUUGUAUGCUUUUUUUGCAUGUAUACACAUUUUGCUUUUUUUUGCAAUAUAGAAAUUUUGGUAUGCAAUUUUGUUUAACAUAGACUUUUUUUGUCUGCCUACUAUACUUUUUUGUAUGCAAUUUUGCCCAACGUACACAGUUUUGCCUAGCCACUUCCCCCAAUGUAAAACAUGUUAUUUUCACUAAUAUAUCCAUUUGUAGGCACACUUUCCCCUCAAAGAUGCGUUUUUGUACACAUUACUCAAGCAGAAAAGUACAUUGAAAAAUUCAGAGAAGUGUGAGUUUUGAAGAGUUGGCUAUGUUUUGGAUUGCAUAUUAUUUUGGAAAGUGUAAACUACUUAGUUUCAACUUUCAUGUGAACUGAAUUUCAGCCCUAUCCCAACUCUCAGCUUUAUUCAGUUUGCCCUUCAACAUCAAUAAAACAGACACAGUUAUAUUGUCUGAACCAUUUAAAAAAAUAUUUGCAAUCAGUCCUGUGGAAUUCUUUGAUGAAAACCCUAGGAAGGAAAACUUUACCACUAUAUGGUUGUUCCCUCCUCAGGGUUCCAAGUUUCUGGUGUGUGAUUCUCAUGGCUGCCAGCCAAUGUGGUGUAGAGGUUAAAGUGUCAGAUUAAGACCUGGGAGAUCAUUGGCUCCCAGUACGUUUCUGAGCACAAUUCAAAGUGUUGGUGCUGACCUUUAAAGCCCUAAAUGGCCUCGGCCCAGUAUACCUGAAGGAGCGUCUCCACCCCCAUCGUUCAGCCCAGACACUGAGAUCCAACACCCAGGGCCUUCUGGCAGUUCCCUCACUGUGAGAAGCCAAGUUACAGGGAACCAGGCAGAGGGCCUUCUUGGUAGUGGCACCUGCCCUGUGGAACGCCCUCCCACCAGAUGUCAAAGAGAACAACAACUACUAGACUUUUAGAAGACAUCUGAAGGCAGCCCUGUUUAGGGAAGCUUUUAAUGUUUGAUGCAUUACUGUAUUUUAAUAUGUUGUUGGAAGCCGCCCAGAGUGGCUGGGGAAGCCCCACCAAAUGGGCGGGGUAUAAAUAAUAAAUUAAUAAAAAUUAAUUAAUAAUCAAGGUUCACAGCCUCACUCAGCCAGGAAACUCCCUGAGUGACCUUGGACCAUCCAGUGCCUCUUAGUCUGACUCUACUUCAUAGGGUUGUUGUGAAGAUAAAAAUGGGGAAACAGAGACCCACAUAUGCCACUUUGAGCUCCUUGGAGGAAAGGUAGAAUAUUGAAUGGAAUUUUGAAAAUUUUUAUUUCAAUCCAGGGAGACACCAGGGGAAAAAAGCUCAGUGGAUUGGGAUGGCCCCUGUCAUUUUAUGACACUGGAAUAAAUACAGGGACCUAACUAUAUUCCUCCUUGAGCAGGAAGGCAGUGAUGAUGAUGUUGAACCAAGUCACCAAGAACCUCUGCAUGUAAGAGAGGUCAUGCGUGCUACACCCAUGGUGCACCACCAGAAUUUGCUUAGCCUUGGAAACUUGGGCAACCUGAAUGAAGGCACCUGCGAAGAACUCUGCGUUGUCCUGGAAGCAAUCCACGAGAACCUGAAGGCGUACAGGGUGAUCCGGGAUGAGAUUGACCAGUAAGUCUUGCCUGUUCUCCUGAAGGUUGAGAAGCACCUCAAAUGUCACUUCCUAACUGGAAGAGCUGACUUGACCCCAUCCCCAAAGCCAGAGUAAGGCAACCUGGUGGCCUCCAGCUGUUUGGUGGACUCUAACUCCUAGCAAACCCAGCAAGCAGGGUCAGUGGUCCAGGAUGGUUGGAGCUGUAGUUCAGCAGCAUCUGGAGGACACCCCACUGACCCUUCCUCUUGAGCUCUGGCCCAUCCCGGGGAAAUCUGUGAUCCUGUUACUUUUUUCUUUUUCUUUAAAGCAGCUAAAGUGGGUGGAGCAAACUGGACCAGGAGUGCAGCAGAGGGAGGGAGGCUUUUAAAUUCCUCCCUAACUGCUUCCCUGGCCUCCCCUUCCCUGCCUCCCAGGAGCUGCUAUUAGUCACACAUAUCUCAGGUGUCAAAGGCUAAGGUAAAGAGAUAUGUCUUCAGCAUAGAAUUGAAACUAUAGUGAAGGUGCCAGGUGCACAUCUUCGAUGGAUGAAGCAACUCUCCAGCAUUCUUUCUUCUGUGGUUACUCUCCACAGAAUAGUCGAUGAAGUGAGGUCCAUCAAAUUCAAUGUAGAUCAGGAGCAAGAGGUGGUUCUGCGAAACAUCCGUGGAUCUAACAUCUCGGAGAGUAUGCUUAAUGCGGAUCCCAUGCAACCAAAGGGUGGCGAUGUUCUCAGUGCAAUGUUUAGCCUGGAAAAGGUAUGGUUGCUUUUUCAUGCCUUUGAAGGCAAUGCGGGGAGCAGGUCAUUCCACAUCAAUCAACAUUACUUCUAUCACAAGUCAUUCUCCUCGCUCAAGGGCAGCCAAGGUGCUGCCUUCCAUUUGUCAUUGGGCUCCAACUCCCAUCAGGCCCUGUCAGGGCCAGCCCACCCAUAAGGCAAGGUGAGGUGACUGCCUCAGGUGUCAGGAUCCACAGGAGCAGCAGAUCUCAAUGUAGAUACUCAUGCCCUCCCUCCUUGCUCCUGAUGUAGAUAUUCACUCACCCCUUCUUCCCUGGGGGGAGAGGACACCAUUUUGUGGUCCACCUCAGGUGCCAAAAUGUCUUGGGCCAGCCUUGGGCUCUGUGGUGGGUCUCGGGACCAAAGUCCUAGAGGAGUAGAAAGGAACAGGUUGUAUGUCUUGCACUGUUGGAAAGGGACUGGGAAGCACUUUUGUCUGGUGAGCCAUUAUGCCAACAGGCCCAUCUCUUGGCAUCACACAGCACAGGUAGGUUCAAGCCUAUCAGAAAGCAGUAGGGCUUGAAUGCGCUCUGAACAGAAACAGCGUGGAAGGCAAGAGCUGCUACCAAGGAGCUAUCAGGAGUGCAUGGCUUAGAACACAUUCCCAAUUGUCGCUUUGCACAAUUGGGGCUGUUUAAAUUUGGCGCCCUAUUGUUUUGGCCAGCCUUUCAGGCCGAAUUUGGCCCAUGGGCUGAAGGUUCCCCUCCCCUGCGGUAGACAUCCUGUCCUCAAACCCAGUGGGCUUCAGACAGCCUGCCCAACCACAUGCCACACUCUUUGAACCCAUUUGCACUCUUCAUCUAGAGCAGUAUCAUACUGCUUUAAAGAGCCAUGGCUUCCCCCAAAUAAUGCUGGGAACUGUAGAUUGUCACGGGUGCGGAGAGACACUUAUUCCUCUCAUGGAAUUACAAUCCCCUGAGUGAUUUAACAACUAGUCCCUCUUCCCAGGGAACCCUGGGAAUUGUAGCUCUGUGGGGAUUUAUUGGGGGAAGCCAUGGAUGUUUAAAGUGGUAUGAAGCCAAAUGCAUCUAAAUCUAAAUCUCAGGUUCAUGGGUUUGAGCCCCACGUUGGGCAAAAAAGAUUCCUGCAUCGCAGGGGGUUGGACUAGAUUUUAUUUUGGGGAGCCAAAGACCCCCCAGGAGUCGGCUCCUAUGCACAGACCUCUCAUUUGCUCCUGCUCUGGCUCACCAAAAACCUCCAUCUCUUUUACACAUCGAAAUGGACACAGGUACAUGUUCUGGGUCCCCAGUCUAGACAUGGCCACUGUACUUCUGUGGCCCAAGCCACCAACACACACACACACACACCCAAAAAGUUCUCUCUUAAGAUUGCCCUCAUUCUUUGCCUUCUUUCUCUGGCAGAUGAGCCCGGAUGUGGAAUUCCAAAAGGGAGGGGUGAAAUCAGCUGCCAUGAGAGUACGGCGGCAGUCUGUGACUCCGGUAGGUAGAUCAGCAGCUUGUGGUCCUUCUCACGUACUGCAGAAGAAACAGGUCCAAGGGGAAUUUCUGCACACAGUGCAAAGUUAGACUGUGGAAUUCCUACCUCCUCCUCGCAAGAGGCCGUGACGGCCACCAGAUUACAUGGCGUUAGAAGAGGAUUUGAUAGUUCCAGGCUAUCAAUGGAGACGAACUUUGAUGGCUAUGGUCUGCUUCCUCUGUCUGAGCCAGUAAUAUUCUGAAUGCCAGUCGCUGGACGCCACAGCGGGGGGAAAGGGCACUUGAGCUCAGGUCCUGCUUGCAGGUUUUACACUGGCAUCUAGGGCUGGGCAGUUUUCAACAUCGUGAUGUAUCGCAAGCUAACCAUUGUGAUAUACCGAUAUAACAUGACCUCAAGGUCUGGGGCUGUGGAGGGAGGGAGGGAGGAAGGAAGGAGGAAGAGCAAUCUCCUGGUUGGGCUGUCUGCCCUGGCGUACCCAGCAAUUGCCUCUUGCAGUGGCUGGGCAUGAAUGCUUUGUUUUAAAGCUCUGUCUGGUGAUAUAUUGUCAUUCUGAAACAGUCGUCGCAAUCUGAACUUAAAAUCAGUUUCAGACGAUUUAUUGAUAUACCACCCACUCUGGUCGGUCACUGUGAGAAGGGGAUCUUGAGUUACGUGGCCCAUUGGCCUGAUCCAGCAGGCUCAUCUUAAUUUCCUUUUUUGUGUUAUGCUCUAAGUGGUUUUCAUACUGUGAAAUCACAACAUAUAUUUUAUUAUUUAUAUACCACUUAAUUCUCGAAACCUCUAAGCUACAUACAUAAAAUACUCAUUACAAUACUGAUAUAAUCAGAUGUGUUGCUCUGUCCCAGUUCCUGCCACUUGAUCCAGAAGCUGCAGUUAGUGCAGCUCUUUUUUGGUGCUUGCUUAAAAAUUCCUUUUUUGACAAGCCUGCCGAUCAGAAGGCCAGCGGUUCGAAUCCCCACAACGGGGGGGGGGGUCCCUGCUCCUGCCAACCUAGCAGUUCAAAAGCACAUCAAAGUGAAAGUACAUAAAUAGGUACCACUCUGGCGGGAAGGUAAACGGCAUUUUCGUGCGCUGCUCUGAUUCGCCAGAAGCGGCUUAGUCAUGCUGGCCACAUGACCCAGAAGCUGCACGCUGGCUCCCCCGGCCAAUAAAGUGAGAUGAGCGCCGCAACCCCAGAGUCGUCCGCAACUGGACCUAAUGGUCAGGGGGCCCUUUACCCUUUACCUUUACCCAGAUGCUUAGAAAGCUUAAGCAAUUUUAAUCUGCUUUAGUAUUUUAACUUUUGUAUGUUUUAAAGGAGAGUUGUAAAUUUUUAUUGAUUUUACUGUUUUGUUUUUUGUAAAACACUUUGAGGGGUUUGGGUUGUUUGUUCGUUUUUUACAACUGAGUGGUAUACACAUUUUAUGAAAUAAAUAAUAAAACAGCAGGUGGAAAAUGUAUGCAGAUUUAUCUUCUUUUUCUAAAGGCAUUUCUUCUUUUCUGGCAAGGCACAAACAGUGACCCUGGAAGAGGAGAACACCAAGCUGGGAUUAAUUGGUCAUCUCUGGAUACCAUUUAAAACUCUCCCCCCACCCUCACCCACAAAAAAGCUAGUCAGGGUGCAUAAAGCUUAAAUAAUAUUCCAUCAGCUGCACUCUUUUCCCUACUCAUGUUUCGUAUUUUUCUUGUUUCUCCAACAAGGUGGAGAAGGCAACAAGACCUCCAAAGCCUGAAGCUCAUCGGUUGAGUUUGGUAAGACUUAAGAAACCUAUACUGUGGAUGCUAUAACAUUCAUUAUUCAUAUCAACAUACAGCUUUCCCAUGUGUUCCUGUGAGUGACAGAGAGGGUUUUCAAGCUGCUUGCUGAGGGCCCCUCUAGACUGGAGUGAGGGUGUUUGUGGGUGUCUUCUGCAACAUUUCAUUGCUGCAAUAACACCGCAUUGUUGUAGUUUAGUCAUUUAGUCAUGGCCGACUCUUCGUGACCCCAUGGACCAGAGCACGCCAGGCACUUCUGUCCUCCACUGCCUCCCGCAGUUUGGUCAAACUCAUGUUGGUAGCUUUGAGAACACUAUCCAACCAUCUCGUUCUCUGUGGUUCCCUUCUCCUUUUCCCUCAAUCUUUCCCAGCAUCAGGGUCUUUUCCAGGGAAUUUUCUCUUCUCAUGAUGUGGCCAAAGUAUUGGAGCCUCAGUUCAGGAUCUGUCCUUCCAGUGAGCACUCAGGGCUGACUUCCUUCAGAAUGGAUAGGUUUGAUCUUCUUGCAGUCCAUGGGACUCUCAAGAGUCUCCUCCAGCACCAUAAUUCAAAAGCAUCAAUUCUUCGGCGAUCAGCCUUCUUUAUGGUCCAGCUCUCACUUCCAUACAUCACUACUGGGAAAACCAUAGCUUUAACUAUAUGGACCUUUUAUAUGGCACCAUCGGCACAUCAUUCCACUUUAUCUUAAAUGCUUCUCUGAUGAUACUCCUUUAUUGCCACCUGGAGGGGCACUGUGGUUAUAAGUGAUCACACAUUGCAAGAUCUCCCACGAUGGGAGAGCCACUGCCCAUCCUUCGCCAUGGGUUCUGACGAGAUUCACAAAUUGUGCAGAGUGAUCAGAACGGUGACAGAAGCUGGCGGUUGUGCCCUAGUCCCCCCCCCCCCUUGGAGGUUACAUUCACAUGGAGCUUUGAGGACCAAAGAGGGCUUGCACUCCAACAUGCUCUGUAGGAAAAUAGAGUAAGACAGUCCCUGUUUAAAAGACAGCCUCCAAUGACCUCAGAGCACAGGAACCAGACCGAGGCAUGCAAAUGUCAAGAAAUGGAUAAAUGAAAUAGAACAGAAAACCUCCGCUCCUUCAACCACAUCCCUGGCCUUGGUUCUUACUUCCCACAUACAGUAACCCUGUUGGAGGGUGUUCCCAGUCUACGUGUCUGGAAAAUGUGUGACUGGAAAAUUGGGACAUUCAUGCCAGCCUCAUACCCCAAUGUCCACAUGUCUACACAAUGUCUAAAGGGGAGCACGUUCAGCUAUAAAUGCAUAGGCUCCUCUUUUAGUCAUUCAUUCAUUUAAUAUCCCACCUUUCUCCCAGUGCAGGAUCCAAGGUGGCUCACAGCAUAAAUCAAAACAGAUAACUAAAUACAAACAAUUUGAAUAUAUAUAUAUAUAUAGAGAGAGAGAGAGUAACCCUAUUAAAAAUUGAACAGAAAAACCUUCCUCCUCCAAACAUAAAAUUAAGAACAUCCUCCAUCUGCACAAGACACUGCCACAACAGCCAGUUGGUGGUCAAAGACCUUCCAGUGAAAGGAAAGCAGAGAGGGCCUAGCUUACCAUGGAAGGGAGCUCCACAUUCUGGGAGCCACCACCAAGAAGGCCCUUGCAUUGUUGCCAAAUUUUCCUGUGAAGAUGGCGGGGCUGAGAGAAAAGCCUCCCUGCAAGGUCUCAAAACCCAGGUGGGCUCCUAUAGAGAGGUAUAGUCCUUCAGGUAGCUUUGACCCAAGCCAUGUAGGGCUUUGUAGGUCAUCCCCAGCACUUUUCAGAUGGGGAGUGUGCCGGGGUGGAGCCAGCUGGUGUGGUCCAGGCUUUUCCCUCCACACACUCCUUGAUUGUAAUGGCUUGGGGGUGGCUUUAAAAGGUGGUUGUGGCAGAGCCAAAACAAGUUUUCUUUGGUGGCACACUUUCCCUUAUACCUUGUGUUUCUCUUCUUUGCUCCACCACACUGUAGCCAUCAGAGGCUCCACCGAAAUCUUCGAUCCAUCGGUUGAGUUUGGUAAGGCUGUAGAAACGUAUCAGUUAGACGAUGUACAGCUGACACCUUUUUGGUGCAUGCCUGUGAAUGGCAUAGCAGGAUAUUAAGCUGUUUGGCUUAGGGCCGGGAAGGGACCAAGUCAAGUUCAGCGCCAUCAUGUGGUGGCAUUUUGGUCAUCUUGAGAUCCAGUGGAUCCAAGCCCACCAUAGUCACUCCCUAUUCCUGGAGUGCCCAGCUAUGGGGUGAAGUCUCCCAGCAGUACUUCACACACACCCCUUGCCCUGGUAGUACUUCCAGGUGACUGGGGGCGGCCACCGAGACCACAUAACACCGGUCUUGAAAGACCUACAUUGGCUCCCAGUAGGUUUCCCAGCACAAUUCAAAGUGUUGGUGUUGACCUUUAAAGCCCUAAAUGGCCUCGGCCCAGGAUACCUGAAGGAGCAUCUCCACCCCCAUCGUUCUGCCCGGACGUUGAGGUCCAGCGCCGAGCGCCUUCUGGCGGUUCCCUCAUUGCGAGAAGCAAAGCUACAGGGAACCAGGCAGAGGGCCUUCUUGGUAGUGGCACCUGCCCUGUGGAACGCCCUCCCACCAGAUGUCAAAGAGAAAAACAACUACCUGACAUUCAGAAGACACCUUAAGGCAGCCCUAUUCAGGGAAGUUUUUAAUGUGUGACAUCUUAGUGUAUUUUUGGUCUUUGUGGAAGCCGCCCAGAGUGGCUGGGGAAACCCAGCUAGAUGGGCGGGGUACAAAUAAUAAAUUGUUAUAAUUAUUAUUAUUCCACCCAGUACUUCUGCUCCCUUUCAGCAGGCAGAACCAGAAACUCCACACCAGUGGGAAAACACCAACACCAGUCCACGGGGCUGUGGAGGCUAGUGGAGCUCCCUUCACUGGGUGAAGGGAAACCUCUACCUCAAUCAGAGCAGUGAAUUGAGGGUGUUGGAUCGUACCCUUACCAUAUGAUUUCCCUCAGUAUCAGGGGUGGAGAACCUCUGGCCUGCCACCAGUCCAUCUUGGGCAAGCUUUGCCCAAGAGGUACAGACUAGGAGCCUUUCCUCAGCUUUUGGAUGCGACUCCCCCAUUUUACAGAUGAUGAAGAUCUGGGGAAAGUGGAGGCUGCUCCAUUAGGGAAAGAGGGGCACUGCCCCACGAAGCUGCCUGCCUUCUUACUUACAGCUGGUCAGAGGGUAGCUCUGCCUGUGAUUGGCUCCACUGGCCAAUGGUUUCUCUGCCUUCUGCCCUACCAGUCCCAAUGGGCACCAGCCAGUACUGACUGGGAAACAGAGCAAUAAACGGACAGGUUGGGGGGAGCAGAAUUGUGUUGUGCAGACAAUACUGAGCAAGAUGCAGAGGGUCUGAUUCUGCAUACAGCAGCACCCUAUGUCCCCAUGGUUUUGGAUAUUCACGACAUGUUGGAUUGUCAUAUCAGAGAGCUGUCACAUGUGAAUGUCAACAUCUAACUUUGGGCAUUAUAAUCCCCCAUGCAUGUACCGUCAUAUCAGCGAUGGUGUGCUAAGACAAGGGUGUGAAAUGUUUUGCAAAACCUUUUACUGGAUUCUUUUUUUUACUACAUUUUUAUAUUGUGCAUUUACGUUUUGCUUGUGGUUUUCCUAUUGUAAUUUAAUGGUGUUGUUACAUCAAAAGCAUAUAACUUAAAGCCAUAAUAAUAAAAGAGGGGUGUGUGUUUUUGUCUUCACACGAGAAGCCAAAAUGAGCUUCCUUUGGCUACGCGCUUUUCCUUAUUUAGGUUUUCCAUUUUUCUCUUCUUCUUUUUCUCCACACCCUCAGCCGGGACCAUCUGUAUCAAAAGUUCCAAGUACUCAGAUGACUUUGGUAAGUCUGUAGAAACAUAUAUUGCGGAAGAUACCACUUUCAUUAUUUACCACCUUGGCAGCCUUUUAGUGCAUGUGGAUGAGUUGAUGAAGAGGAGUUUAAAACUGUUUGGCUUUGUUAAUUAAACCCAGGGCGCAAUGUCCUGCUUGAAAUGUCCUUUGUCACCUCAGACUGUAGAUGAGGAAGGGAGGCGGGGAAUCACAAUUUGUAUACUGCCCUAGGUAAAAUAAAUAAAAGCCUUCAGCAAAAAACAAAGGCACCCCGUUUGUCACAUUUCCAUCCCCUCACAUGAAUUUCAAAUUCUCACCAUUUAGAUAACACGAUGUCGGGUGUGGGAAAGCUUUGGCCCUCUAGACAUUGCUGAACAUAUCUGAACUCUCUGCAUCUCUAGCUGUUGUCCAUGCUUGCUUGGGCUGGUGGGAGUUGGAGUUCAGCAACAUCUAGGGGGCUAAAACUUCCUGACACCUGCACUAAGGGCCCACCCACACCCCCAUCUUAAUGUGGGUUGUGAAGCCCUUGCACCUCCUUUAGUUCCCUCUCUGCCGUGUGGCAUUCUCCUCCAACGACCCGCUGUCCUCCAUUUUCAUUCUGGGGGUGUGGCAGGGGUGGGACCAGAGAGGUGAGGGGACUGGAUCCUAAGCCUGUUCCACUCAGGCACAUGAUCGAGCAACCUGGCCUAGACCACUAUUUUCAAGGCUUAGUUUUCCCUUUGCCCAGCUUUAGGGAACAGGGUUUGGAUCUGGUGUAACAUUACACUGGAUUAAGUUUCACCAGCUUGGCUUAUGCCAUCUUCUUGUGCGUAGGAUUGCUCCCUUAGUCAGUGUGAAUUCUGUUCUAUGCCACAGGCACUGGGUUGAGGGGGUAGAAUGGACUGUCUCGCUUCAGACACAGGCGGGCAGCCACUUAUCCCACAAUGUAGCAAACAAGAAAAAAACAACCACCCUGCAAGUAGAAAGCUGCUUUAUUGGGAGCAGCUUGGCUGCACUUUUUCUCCCUGCUAUGGUUGUUCUUUACUUGCAUGGAGACACAAUGCUCCCCAUGUCUUGUUUUGUUUUCAAAGGCAUACUGAGAGAUGGGGAAGCAACCAGGUGCUAUUGGACUGCAAAUCCCAUGCCACUCCUAACCACUGGGCACACCAGCAGGGGCUGAUGGAAGUGGCAUAGUGGUUCAGGUGUUGGCCUGGGACAGGUGUGGGGAACCUUGGCCCUCCAGAUGUUGUUGAACUACAAUUCCAUCAGCCCUGGCAAGCCUGGCCUGGCCUAGUUUCAGACUACUGUAAGAUCAAACAGGUUUUAGGUGGGAAACAGCUGCUUUUAGAGAUUUUUCAAAACAUGUGUUUCCCCUAGCUCCGGGAACACAAUGGAGGCUGGUUCCUUUGGGUCAAAGGAGCACUGCUCCAACUUCAAUAUGCCCCCUUCUGCCUGCCUUCUUAUUUACAACCAGCCCAGGGUGGGGUGGCAGCACGGCCUGUUAGCUUCCUCCUCAGCCUAAGCGUCACCCUUGGAGAAAUCAGCAUGGAGGGGCGGGGGCGGGGACUAGAAUCAGUUGGCUCUACCUAUCAUUGGCUCUGGCCCUACCUACCACCCUGUCAGUUCCAAAGGGCACCAGCCAAUACCGCAACAAUGUGAGUUGUAGUGCAAGGGAUGGUCUCUGCAUGAAAAGAGCAUUUGGAAGCCUCUGAUCUUUGACAGCCCUGCGUCUUUGAUGGCCUCUGGUGGCCACAGGAACUAGAUUUUAUUGGGUGUGGGAGGUAAGAAAGUGCAGGGAGGGGUGCAAAUGCAAUCAAAUGUAUUUAACAGAAUCCAGGGAGCCUCUGGAGCUUCAGCCCCAUUCCAGCCCAACCCUCAGUGCCGCACAUUAGGAGCCAGGAAGAACCAUUGUUGGAGGGGAUCCCAAAGGUCAUCCAACCCCCUGUGAUGCAAAGAGUUUUAUUGCUGCCUGUGCACAUUCUUACUGGUGUUUUGCAUUUUCUUCCUUGUUUCUCCGUCCCCCAGCCACCAAGGUCUAAGGACAGCAGCCGCAAGCUGCCACCAAGCUCUGAGGACAGCAGCCGCCAGCCGCCACAAAGCUCUGAGGACAGCAGCAGCAAGCCUCAGGAUAGCUUGGUAAGAAUGUAAAGCCAAACACUGCAAGAUGAAACAACAUUGGUCAGCAAUCCCCUAUGCAGCCUUUCACAGUGGAUGCACAUCUCUCUUGUCAAAUUUAGCAAAGGAGAAAGAUAGGAGAUAGAAUAAUUUUUUUAAAAAAAAAAGUACAGGGAAAAGUAUAACAACACCCACAGUCAGCUCGCAUUGAGAAUGCAGUAGCGACCAGUACUUCCAGCUAAAAUUGGACAUAAAAAUUGUUAUAAGCCUUCCAGAUGUCCAGAGAGGAACCCACGUGAAAUUGGUGCUUAAAAAAUAUAUUCAAAUGUAGCAAGGGCAGUGAGGUCCUCAGACCAUUGCCUAAUGGAUGGUGGGCAUUUAUCCUUCCAGGCUCAAAAUUUAAGUCUCCUGGCAACCACAAGACCUCACCACAUUCACUUUUGCUGUCUUGCUGUUUAUCCUCACACAACAGGAAUAUAGUUAAAAAGAACACGGUCAUCCUCCAAAUGUCAAAGGUUUGGCCAGUGUAAGAUUUAUAUGGACAAUAACUUCAAACCAAAAAUAAUAUGUCACUCACCAUGCCUUGAUGAGGCCUUGUCAGCGCUGAACUUCCAGCACCUCUCUGCACAAGAAAGUGAUACGAUACGAUACGAUAGAGGAGGGAGAAAGGUUGUUUUCUGCUGCUCCAGAGAAGCGGACACGGAGCAAUGGAUCCAAACUACAAGAAAGAAGAUUCCACCUAAACAUUAGGAAGAACUUCCUGACAGUAAGAGCUGUUCGACAGUGGAAUUUGCUGCCAAGGAGUGUGGUGGAGUCUCCUUCUUUGGAGGUCUUUAAGCAGAGGCUUGACAACCAUAUGUCAGGAGUGCUCUGAUGGUGUUUCCUGCUUGGCAGGGGGUUGGACUCGAUGACCCUUGUGGUCUCUUCCAGCUCUAUGAUUCUAUGAUUCUAUGAUUCUAUGAUACGAUAUCUUUAUUGUCAUUGUCCCUUGCGGAACAAUGAAAUUGAAAACUACAUAAAAACUACAUAAAACUACCACAAAACUACAUAAAACUACAUAAAACAUUCAAAAACCCCUAAAAACUCUAAAACCCCAUUUUAAAACACACUAUACUACAGAAACCCCUUAUGCUGCAUUUAGAACCAGAAUUGCAUUAGCGUAGAAACUGUUUUUCAGGCGGCUAGUCCUGGCCUUUAUAACCCUAUACCUUCUUCCAGAAGGCAGAAGCUGAAAGAGAUCAUUUCCGGGGUGCAUACUAUCAUGUGCUAUCUCUGCCGCUUUCUUAUGGCACCUGGCAGCAUAGAUUUGAUCUAAGGUGGGAAGAGUGCACCCAAUAAUUGUUUUGUUGUAUAGGAAGUGCCUUCCUAUACAAAUGUUGUGAAGUCCAAGCAACCAGAAAGAACCAUUUUUGCCUGUUCAGUCUCUGUUUCAUAUCUAGAGAAGCCACGAAGCUCACCAGGUGACUUCCAGCCCAUUGCUGUAUCUCAGCCUAAGCUGCCUCACAGGGGUCUUGUGGGGAUAACCUGAAAAUUCAGAGAGCCAUGAACACCACCUAUAGCUUCUUGGAUGAAAAGUGGGAUAUCAACGUAACAAAUGUAAAACAUAAAUAAAUAUAAUUAUAAUCAAUCAACCCAUGCCACUCGUCCCCAAUUCAGAAUGGGACCACAGCAGAACGCAAAGGGUUAAAAAUGUCCAGAAAUAUAAUUUUAGUUUUUAUACUGGCAGCAUCUCAGAAUUCUGUUUUUUGUGUGUUUUUUAAUUAUGGGAUUAUUGUUGCCAUUUGUAGGUGUUUGUUUUUCAUGCUGAUACUGUAUUAUUUAAUUUUGUAAUCUAUUUUAUUUUUUAAACUGAAUUGGACAUAGAAUCAUAGAAUUCUAGAGUUGGAAGGGAUAAUGAGGGUCAUCUAGUCCAACCCUCUGCAAUGCAGGAAUCUUUUGCUCAACGAGGGGCUCGAACCUGCCUCUCUCAGAUUAAGAGGACUAAGUUAGUACGUGACUAAUGAAUGUAAAGAAUAGAUCCAUUUUUAAAAUGAAAGCCCCACCACCACAUGGCCUGGGGUCCAGCUGGUGGGGAGGAGGAACAUCUACAAUUCUACAUUGUUUGUGACUAGUGUUAAGCUUUCUACUCAACUGGCAAGGUCAGGGAGCUGUCCAGUGAGCCACUGAUCAAUAGGUUUCAGAUAGCAAUGGAGCUGUCCAGCACAGCAAGAUAAGAAGCGGCAUCGGCACUGGUUAGACCCCCAACUAAGCAGCCCUACAGCUAGCUCUGCUGUUCCAUCCCUAGUCUUGUGGCCAGAAUGAGAAAAGGCUGCCUAAAUCCACCUGACAUCAGGACCCAUUAAAAGCAGAGGAGAGCAGGAAUAUCUGAGAUAAACUAAGGUUCUCCCCCCCCCCCCAAGGAAUCUAGGGACACUUUUCAACUUCAAUAGGAAUGAUAGGAUUUUGUCAGGGGACUGAUUUGUAAAUCCAGGUACUGUCCCCGGGAAACGGGGAUGUCUGGUAACCUUAAGAUAAAUGCUUUGACCAAUGGACACUUUCCCAGUCGUAUAGGGAAGUCCAAAGGGUGCCUCCUUGCUUCGGAGAGGCAUUCACUGGCUUAAAGAAGGACUGGGGGACCUGUGCUUCUCCAGAUGUUGUUGGACUCCAACUCCCAUCAGCCCCAGCAAGCAUGGGCAGUGGUGAGGCAUGAUGGGAGUUAUAGUCCAGCAUCUGGAUGGCCGCAUCCCUGGCUUAAGUAUGGAGGUGUAGAUUGGAGGCAGGGCAGUGGGUUCCUGAUAAAGCUAUCCUAGGCAUGUCUCCUCAGAAAUCAGUCCUAUUGAGUUCAGUGGGGUUGGAAACCUGUGGCCUUCCAUUGGAAAACAGGAAGAACAGUGGUAACUGCCUUAUACUGUCAGGCCAAUGGUUCAUCUAGCUAGCUCAUUAUAGCUGACACUGACUGGCAGUCGCUCUUCAGGGUUUCACAUGGGGAACUGUCCCAAGUCUACCUCGAGAUGAUGAGGAUCGAACCCAGAACUUUCUGCAUGCAAGGCAGAUGUUCUACCACAGAGCCACAACCCUUCCUCUAUUAUCCCCCAGAUGCUCUUGGACUCCCGUUCCAUCAGCCUCAGCCAAAACAUCCAAUGGUCAAGGAUGAUAGGCGCUGUAGUCCAUCAACAUCUGGAAGGCCACACUUUCCUGUCCCUGCAGCAGAGGAAUACAACCAGAAGAAGCUGUUUCUCAUACUUUUAGGGGAAGGCAGGUUCUAGGAUCCAACAAGAGCUGUGCGGGGGGAGGGGGGAUGUCCCUGGAUAAAACAAGGACACAAAUACCAAUUGCUAUAUUUGACAGAACACAAGAAGCCUCUGUAGCUUCAGCUGAGCAUGAAGAGACAGAAAUGGUUUCAUUCAUUCAUAUAGCUCAAUAACACACUGAAUUAAAGCUAAAGAGAAAAGCGAUGCAAUUACCGUACAUGAAAACACACACACACACAAAGACACAAAUUUGGGUUGUUGCAUUCACUAUUCCUGGGAAUGAUACUAAGUGUUGAUAUUGGAUAUUUUUGUGUUGUGAAUGGCCCUGGGAUCUACGGAUGAAGGGUGGUAUACAAAUUUAAGAAAUAAUAAUACGAAAUAAUGUUGGAGAGUAGCAAGGUGUCCUUCGGAAAAUAAAGAUUUGCUUUGGUUAUAGAUAUCAGGAAGUCGCUGUCAAGCUCUUAUGAUAUUCUGACUUAAAACUGAAAAGUUACUAAGAAUUGCAAAUAGUAGAGCACCUCACAGCAGGCAUUUGAACAUUGUUAGCACCAUUUAUAUACAGGCAUUCCCAACUUAUAUGCAUUUAACUUGUGCACAUUCAGCUUUAUGCACCUGGGGAGGGGGGAGGGGGGCAGAACAGGGAUGGGCAUCCAGGAAAUUUGUUUUUUCAAUCCCACCUGCUGUUGAACCCAGUGGAGUUUUGACUAUACACAGUUUCACAUAUACCUGAGAACAUAGCCCCUGCAAAAGUGGGGAGAUUGUAUUAUGAUAAUUUUUACAGUGCAAUUGAAAAUGAAUCUCUUGCUGUUUUUUCAGCAAUAGCUACAGACCAGAAUUGACAAAGCCACACAAAUCCUUAUUUAUCCCUUUAAAAUAUUUCUGUUUUCUUACCAUAACCAUCCUGACAGAGUUAAUAAUGAAUAUAAAACCAAUGCUUUAUCCAAACUGUGUUCAUUUGGCUCACCCUAUAUCCCCAGUAAUGCUAACAAUGGGUUUGGUAUCAAUUCUUGUUUGUUGUUAAUUUCCAUGAACACCACCUCCUAAAAAGAAAGGGUUUCACGUAUUCUGCCUCCUCCCCCCCCAUUUAACCUUUUCUUCUUUACUUCUUCACACCAUAGGCUGUCAGGCCAGGAUACAGGGCUCGCAGGCGUCGGGAAAGCAUAGUAAGACUUGAUAGACAUAUGCAUUUCAGAUGUAUAUUUUUGUAUUUACAGAAUUAUUUUUAUGUUAUUUAUAUUGCUGCACACCAUGAUGUUAUAUUGUAUGAAUUGGUAGUAUAUAAAUUAUUUUAUAAAUAAAUUCCCUGCAGGGUUGCUGUGCGAAUUGUCUGCUAAAGAAAGAAUGAAACAAACAAACAAAAACAGAGUCCUGUGCCACUUUAAAGAUUAAUGAAUUAGGCAUAAGCUUUCAUGGACUAAAGUCCACUUCAUCAGAUGUUCUCUGCUGGCAGCAAUAUAUAUAUAUAUAUAUAUAUAUAUAUAUAUAUAUAUAUAUAUAUAUGUGUGUGUGUGUGUGUGUGUGUGUUGGGAGGGUGGGGUAUAGAGAAAGAAAAAGGUUAACAGUGGAUUCAAACGGCAGUAGAAUGUAGAAAGUACAGAUUGUGACAAUUGAAAGCUCAAUCUUCUGCAAAAUAAGCACUGUGAUCAAUUGGUGAUACAGUUAUCCUAGCGUUGGAAGGACAAUAAAAAUAGUACUGGGAGUGGAAACCAUGGUCUAUAUUGAUGCCCAGAUGAAUAUAAUCAAACUGUAUUUGCAACUCAUGCUGGAGUCCGCCCUUUGAAAUAGCUGUGUAGGUGAAUGGCAGCAGUUUUAUUCUUAGUCAUAUUUUGGCUUCUUCUUCUUCGUUUCUUCACCACCACCAUCCCCAGCUGGGAGUAAUGACAACAGGAUAGACUUUCAGGUGCACCUGGUGGCAAGAUGAUGGUUUGGGGGGUGGCAUGCCAGGCCUGUAGCGCACCUGGGGUUGUGUCCAAUGUUAGUCCUAUUCGGAGCAGAGCCACUACUAACACAAAGAACAUGAAAGAACACGGCUAACUUUGGUCCGAUAGAUAAAUAGAUAGGUAGGUAGGUCUAUUCUGUAUGGAACUUCACUGGAUACGACUCUCAGGCCUGAUCUUCAAUAGCUGGGGAAGCAGCUACUGCUGCUGUCCCCAGCUUCUGCAUCCUGUAGUGGUUGCCUCAGUCACUUUGCCUAACAGUAGGGCUGGCCCCAGUUGUAACCCUGCUGUGAAAAAGGCAAAUUCCAUACUGGGGAUCUUUAGCAGAGGAACUGAGAAUAGAACUGCUGGCAUCAUAAUGCCGUUGUACAAAUCUGUGGUGCAAACAUAUUUGGAAUACUGUGUACAGUUCCGGUCGCCUUAUCUCAAAAAGGAUAUUGUAGAGUUACAGAGAUGGAAAAGCUUCAGAAAAAGGAAGCCCAAAGGAUCAACUCCCCUAUGGAGAAAGGUUGCCAUGUUUGGGACUUUUGCUUUAGAGAAAAGGCCAAUAAUAAUAAUAAUAUACUUUUUGUACCCUACCCACAUCUGACUGGGUUUCCCCAGCCACUCUGGGUGGCUUUCUAACAGAGCAUAACAAAAGCACAACAAAGCAAAACACUACACCUUAAAAGAGGUAACAUGAUAGAAGUUUUUUUAAUAAUUAGGCACGGCAUAGAGAAGGUAGAUAGAGAAAAGUUGUUCUCCCUCUCUCAUGACGCUAGAACUCACUGACACCCAGGGAGGCUGAAUGUAGGAAGAUUCAGCACUUUCAUGCAGUGCAUAGUUCAAUUAUGGAACAUGCUCCUGCAAGAGGCAGUGAUGGCAACCCGCCUGGGUGGCUUCAAAAGAGGGAUAGGCAAAUUCAUGAAGGCUGUCGAUGGCUACAAGCCAUGUUGGCUAUGCUUCUGAAUACCAGUUGCUGGAGACAGUGGCCUUGUGCUUGUGGGUUUCCCAUGGGCACCUGGGCAGCUGCUAGGAAAUGAGGAGGCUGGAAUAAAUGGGCCAAUGGCCUGAUCCAGCAGGCUCUUCUUACUUUCUCCUUCAGGGGACUUUCUGAAGCCUCUUGAUCAUUUUGGUUGCCCUUUUCUGCAUCCUUUACAGUAUCCUUUUUGAGGCCUUUUUAAGAGAUCUAUGAGCCUGGGCACGCACCCCAGGUUAUUAAAAGUUUCCAAACUAACCACACAUUUUUAUUUUAAUACCAGAAACCCCCUGAAAAACCAGGAGAGUGAGGAGAGACAAAUGCACAAUCAGGACUACAGAGACUUGCAUAUCAUGGGAAAACAGCAUCCAAGCAGAGAAUGCAAAAAGCAGGAGUCAAGUGGAGGGAGAGGCUUCUGAGUGGAGGCUGCAUCUGAAGAAGUGUCAAAAGGGGAAGGGAAGAACAGCUUCAGCACUCAUCACCCGGAGAAGGAGCUAUCAGCAUACGUACCAACCUCCAGUGAUAUCCCUACUGCUAGAGCAUCAUUCCUUGGACGUGGGCCACUAAGGAACUUCUCUUUGUAUAUAUAUGAUCCUCAGUGUCUUCACACUUUGCUUCAAAUUUCCGGCCCUUUCCAUGUUGGCAUUGAGUAGGAAUUAUGCCCAGGUAGUGCCAAUUUGGAGGACAUGCCCCUGGCAGCAGCCCAGAUCAUGGCAUAGCAUUGGGUUGCUUGAAUUGUGGACAAGUCCAAGAACAACAUACACAGCUUGGCUCUGGCCCAUCAAGAAAGAACCCAGGACACGUUCCUUAGCCAGGUUCUGGGUCAUCUUUUCUGCUACAUACAGAGAUGCUAGCAGGUCUUUUCAGUAAGACCUUUUGAUUCCAAGCUCUUCUCUUCCAAAGCCUCAAGAUGUUUGUUAUGCUCUCGGCCCUGCAUUUUCCAAUGCCACCUAGGAUCGCGUCACACGCAGAGGAAUAAGGAAAGCUCACUUGCUGCUUUGCAUUCUCUGGAUUUGGGGAUGCCGCCUAGUUCAGUUGCCCUUUAAAAUGAACUUUGCCCCAAAGAACUUUGUGAACGUCACAAAAUAGAUGGGGGGAAUAGAUGCAGUAUGUUAAUCAACUUUCAGAAUUGUGCUGGCUUCAGAGUCGCAAUAGAACAAUAAAAUACUGAAUUGAGUGUUAGA